AUGGCCCCAUGUACAUUCUUAAAAGGCGGCCAGCUCUUUCAACUCGAACUCCAGCUUCCCAAAGUAUCGAUGGUAAAACGUGUGAGGUCCUAUUGCUUUAGGUGCAUAUGUCCUGCAGACGCAAGAGGAGAAGUCGGUGGUUUACCGGACUCCAUGUCGUUUUCCUAUGGCGCCUCCAUUAUCGCAAUCAGCCAUCAUCUUGUCCGUCCAAACGACUGUCAUAGUUUUUCUGAAGAGACUGCAGCUCGUGCUACCCCUGUACAUCGUCAAAACUUGAGUCGCGUAAUCGUUUUGUACUAG